CCAAGUGAAAUUUGAGGUAGCAAUACAUAGCGGUUUUCCAUAAUAAAUUAAUCGAAAAUGUAAUAUUAAACUAAAAAAAUAAUGAAAUUGCUUUUUUAAAAAAAUAUUAACAUUCAAUAUGUCCUUCGAGUGCAUUAAAAUUAAACAAGAGCCGAACACCGAGUCGCCAUCCUCGUCAAAUAAUAUUGUAAAUAAUUAUGAAAAUUCAGAACCAUGUAACAAAAAUAUUAAUAACGAACAAGAAAUAGUUCAAGAUUUAUCUAAGACCGAGUUUGUAAAUAUCAAGAUUGAACCGGAACUGGACAUAACUGAAACCCGAGUUACCUCAUUACCGAGAAAGGAUGUCGACACGAGUGAGUGGCACAGUGUACCAAUUAAAUAUGAGCCCCCCAGCGUCAACGUGGAGGUCGCCAUCAAGCAGGAGCCGGAAGAGCCGGAACCUCCAGAGGAAGACAGUUGUAACUACAUUAUACCGGAUAUGUGUCCACCGAAAACGUCCAACAUAUUCAUAAGUGAUGUGUCGGAGGAAGUGCUCAGUCUGAACUCCACAAUCGACGGCAAAUACAUGUGCCCAAUAUGCCAUAAACGUUUCGCAAAUAAGGGUAACGUGCAAAGGCACAUGCUUCUGCAUACGCGCGAGAAACUAGAAUGCAAUGUAUGUUUCCGUCAGUUUGUGAAACAGGGCCACUAUCAGAAGCACCUGCUAACCCAUUCAACGGAGAAGCGGUACAAGUGCGAGGAGUGCGGGAAAAUGUUCAGGACGUCGUCGAAUUUGGAACAGCACAAACGGAUCCACUUGGCCGUUAAGCCUUACGAAUGCGAGACCUGCUUGAGGCAGUUUGCAGUUAAAGCGAAUCUCGUGAAACAUUUGAAGAGCACUAGCCGGUGCAAGAUGCCGAACCACGAACCGAUCGUCUGCAAAGUCUGCAAUAAAGUUUUCCAAAAGGAGUUUUUGUUGAAGAGCCAUCUUCGCAGACACACGACGGAGCGGCCGUUCGUCUGCGACCGAUGCCAAAUGAGCUUCAAAUAUAAAUCGACGCUCAUCCGACACGUUCAGCUACACAAUGGCGUUAAACCGUAUUCCUGUAAGAUAUGCAGGAAGAAAUUCACACACGCCGGCCUGAUAAAGCCCCACAUGAGGAAACACACCGGAGAGAAGCCCUACACUUGUCCGGUUUGUAACAAAAACUUCGCACACAAACACAACAUGCAAAGACACACACUCAGACACACGAAAGUCAAACACUUGGUCUGCGACGUCUGCAACAAGACGUUCCCAAAGGAGAGUAGGCUCAAGUACCACAUGCGCACACACACCAAAGCGAAGCCCUUCGUGUGCGACGUUUGCGGGAAGAAGUUUUCACAUCGACAGAAUAUAAUAAGACACUACAGUCGCAAACAUCCGAACGACACGUACGACUGCACAGACACAGACGCCAGUGUCGCGAAGGACGUUUGGGAGAAAGUUAUUAAGUCUAAGAGUAUGGAAGUGAAGUUGGAGAUCACGGCAGUGAAGGAAGACUUGACGGAGGUCGGCGAUAGCGUGUUGGGCGUAGAGAAGUAGCUUGGGGCUGUUGUGUUUAGCGUCUUUCAGUGAUUACCACUUGGUAAUAACGUUAGAAUUGCUUUAAAGUGUCCAUAUGUCCAGUGAUGAUCAUCGUCUACUACCGUUCGCAACACAAGUGGAAGUUGUUGCAAAUUUUUAUUGACGUUACUGAUCGUAUCGUGUUCAUGUAAUUCAAUCUCUCUAGUUAUCGUUUGAACUUUUAUCAAAUCUGGCAAACUUUGAAUUUAGUUUUUCAAGUAGAGAUGAAUAGUGGGUACAUUCAUUUUAACUUAUAAAAUAUUUGUCGGCGUAGCUCUGAUAAAUUUAUUUUCAUGCUCAUAAGUAAUGGAAUAAUCUUUAGGAAAAAUGCACGUGCGAAGAAUUUCAAUAAAAUAUCAACGGCUUGAGAUCUUUGUCCAACAGUGGGAUAUUACUCCAUCACACACAAAUCAUGUCAUAGUUUAUGUCGUGAUAAAAAAAUACCCUUUUGAUGAUGAGUAGACCCAAUCACCUCGUUCUACCAUCUAACAGCAAUACUAAAAUGUGAGUUAGCCAGUAAAAUUUACCAUGGGUUCGUAUCAUUCUUGUAGGAUGUCCUGAAUAACACUGCCAGUAUCUGGCAGAGGUUAUGUACCGGCAGCGGAAUGGCAUCUUUCUUUUAUUGACAAAAGUAUAAUAAAUGGCAUGAGUCUUGACAUGCGCAGUAUAUUUUUAUGUCUCUAUGAAGGAGCCGCUGGCGCCUUUGAUUGGCUGAAAUUAUACAUGCGUGAACUUACCCCCAAUGCCGACGACUCACGCCGGCUAUCAAAUUGUCUGUUAUAAAGAAUUAUAUAUUUUCACUGAUAUUUAUUUAUAUUAUUAUCUUAAGUGCACAUCACAUUACACGUUUUAGUGUUAAGUAAGCAACAUCACACGCGACGCAUGUGUAACCAGUAAGCAAAGAAGUUACAGGGGUGGGGGGGUUACAUUCUUAUGGGAGGAGUAAAGAUAAACAAACCUUAAAUUGACAUAUUACAUGCGAUUCGCUAAUAGCUGCUGUAUUAUGCACUACAAACAGUUCUUGAUUAAUAUAUAUUUAUUUAUAAUACAACACUAUUACACUUAACUACUUAUGUGUAUACAAUUUGCUAACUUCGCUGACAUUCAAAAUAUUUUCACGAAUCCAUAAUGAAUAUCAUAGAUUAUAUAGAUCUCGACCAAUGAUAUCGCGUCAAAUCAAGGUCAAACUUGUUUAUUUAUCUUUACACCUGUCAUUGGGAUCGGCUGUAGACAUUAGUAAAUUACUCGGCGAACACGAUUGGCGCUAAAAAUGGCUGGAAAGUUCGCUUCCUUUUGUCACAUGAGUUUUUUAGUUCAAGUUAGUAUUCAAAUAACGACUCGCUUAACUUGCGGAUAUUUAAAUCGUCUACAUAAGUCGAAGGCUAUCAUUAGUUUGGUUCAUAAAUCAAAGGGCUAUGAAUGAGGGAAAUAGAAUACAAUUAGAUAUUUACACUAUUAGUAAGAAAACGAAUCGUUGUUUUAAAAAAAAACUGAGCUUUGUACAGUCCAAUCUAUUGAUUUAAGACAUCUCGAAUGCUUUUAUAGAUAUUGGCUGCUUUCACACGAAGCCGCAGUUAAUAAGGAAUUAAAGAUCUCUCGUAUAUAUAAAUAUAAUUUAUUAGAAUUAAACGAUUGUAACUUUUUAAAUUUUUAGUAUAAGAACAGGAGAUAUCAAAUUAACUUUAUCUACUGAUGUAGAUGUAUUCACUCUAGAAGGCACGAAGCUAUCGACGUGUAUCUGUUGAGCGACGCUCGUACUAACAAGAUGUCUCAGUGUGCGUAACUAAGACGGCAAAAAAAAAAAAAAUUAUAUUUGUUAAUGCACGCCGAUAAUUUACAGUGUAGGGGCGCACUUUGAGUAAAUAGAUCUAUAUCGGUUCAGCUACCACUAAAAGUGUAAAUUCAUUUGAAAACAUCCACGUUAAAAAAAAUAACGGAUUGUCAAAACAAAUUCGUAUUGAAAACUUAUCAUCUGUCUUAAAUUAUUUAUGUGUCUAGAAUGACACACUACAAAAGAAGUAAAACGAAUAGGCCAACUUUAUUACCUGAGUGUGCGUGACAGCGCUUCGCAAACGCCAAAUGUCAUCCUACUUUAAAUUUAAUAGUUUGCGUGUAAUUGGUAGAAAACUGCAUGUUUCGACAUGUUAAUAAUCUGAGACAUUUGUUUAUAUAAUUUUAUAUAAAACUUAUAGCCAUUAAAAAUGCAGAAUCAGUUUGUCCAACAGUUGGUCUGCCUCUAAGCACUUUAUUAAAGAAAUACCUAGUCUAAUAUCGGUAUAAUAUAUGUCUAAAAACUUGUAUUAUGUUAAAUGAAUUUGCCCUAACAGAAAUGUCAAAAGAUCACAUAAAAUGUCAAAAAGUGACAUUUGACGUAAGUCGUGUUUUUUUUUUUUAUUAGUCUGAAAUAGGUCUUGAUUUUAUUUGAGCUUCCACUAGUUCGUGAUCUCUAAAAUGUCGAUUUUCUUCGUGUUGAUAUUUAUUUUUUAAUAAUGCUAAUUUACUAAGAAAUAAUAAAUUUUAUUAGAAAUUAAAUGCUUUUAUAUGUUUUUUUAAUUAUAA